AUGCUGUUUUCCCUCUUGAUCGCCAUAGUCACCAUACCGGCAACUUUGGCUGCAGCCAACAUCCCUUCCCUGCCCACAGGAUGGUCAUACAUGGGGUGCAUGCUCGAAGGGACCGAUGAGAGCUUUCGCCUCUUGUAUAACGACGACUUCACUCGCGAUUCGGCAAUGACGAUACGUCUCUGCGUAGAUACUUGCGCGAAUCGCGGGAUGCCCUAUGCGGGGCUACAGAACGGAGAUCAGUGCUUCUGCGGGACAUCUCUUGCGGCCAACAACCCCGGCGCGGACUCUGAGUGCAACUCUCCUUGCUCCGGCGACUCUUCCCAGCCCUGCGGCGGACAUGUCUCCUGGAUGACCCUCUUACGUUACGCUGCGCCAGUCCCUAGACCCGUCCAGCCAGCGCCACCUCCUCCUACACCAUCCGCAACGACCCCACCGCCUGCCCCAGCCACCAGCUCGCCCGCUCGGGCCCCAGCGCCAGCCCCCGUCAGCUCUUCCUCCUCUGCCGCGGCGGUCGCGCCUGGUCCCUCCAAUCCUCCGACUCCCGGCUCAUCAGCAGCAUCAAACUCCCUCACUUCGUCAUCAGCUUCUUCAGUCUCCUCGGGCGGUGCCCCCUCAUCGCUGUCGUCAGGUCAAAGCACCCCCUCCGCCAGCACAAGCAGCAUCAGCGCGUCAGGCACUGCUUCCAGCAGCAGCUCCAGCACCGCCCCUACCCCCACGGUCCAGAUCGGCCAGUACCUGUCCAUCGCGCCCGCCUUCUCCGGAACAGGCCUCAACACCGCCGCAGCCCAGCCUUCAGGUUCAGGAUCGGGGUCAGGCGUCAACCCACCCGCCGGGGACAGGUACGGGAACGUGACGAUUGUCAGGCCGAGCGGACCAGGCGCGGUCAUUGCCCCGCCGAGAUUGAAAGAUCAGGCCAGUAUGGUUGUUUUCGGAACUUACAUGAGCAAGGGAUCCGCUGUGCGAAGUGGAAUCCUUGGGAUCGGCGGAUCGGGCAUGGCUGCUUUGUGGACGAUCGUGGUGGUCUGCGUCAGCAUUUUGGUACUUUGA